AUGAGCUUCGAUUCGAAGGGGGAAGGAUCUGGAAGGUGGGGAGGUAUUGUGGAGAUGGGUGUGGCCACGGGGAAAGCGGUUCCAGAGAGGGUCAAGGUGAGAUUGGAAUUUGUGAGGAAGAGGAAGGCAAUUUUUGGGGUAGUGUUUAUGGUGGCGACGCGGGAGAUUUGGAUCGGCGGCCAUGGAUGGAGCAGAGGGUCUUGA